AUGAAGCAGGCUGCUAGAGCAUAUCGUGAUGUUAUUAGAGCGAUGGUACGGGGCGACCGUAGGUCGCGGAUCGCUCAACGUGCAGAAGAGACUCGGAAACAGAUCGCCAUGCUUACUUAUAAGCGUAUGAACAUUGUAAGACAACAGAAUGAGACUAAAGAUGCUAUGUUGAAUGCUAGUUUAUUUAAAGAUUUGCAAUUACUGAACAGACAGGUGGAAACGCUUAAACGCGAUAGAGCGGAGAACGAUAAGAGCCUGCUCUUUGUUCGAGACACCGCGCUUAUUCGCGAUAGCUUGUUGCAGGAAAGAGGUGACAACGAAAGGCUGGUUCAACAUCUGCACGAUAUCGGUUCUUUCCUGACAAACCAAAGGGAGUACGACGAACUGAUCGAGCGUUAUAAUGGUAGUUCGAAACUGUCGCAAGAGGAAACCGUUAGGAGGACGGCUGGUAAAGUGGGGUUGCAUGUGCCAUUUUAA